AUGCAUCGAAGGAGAUCGUCAACACGCAAGACGUCGAGUACACGAUCAUCCGAGAGCUCCACAUCCAGGACUCCGUCUCCACGAACGACCUUCAAGCGAGCUCGACUCUGCCAAUCCGACGCAUCCAGCUCAGGCACACCCUCUCCCUCCUCCCACAAGCACCUUCGUACCUUGCCUGACGUGCCACGAUGGAUGCACGACAAGAUCGUCCACGCGCUACCUCGCCUCACCACCUUCGAACGCGCAGAGAUGCUCGCGACGCUGCAUAUCUCGCUGGACUGGACGCGCGCUUCUGCCCUGGCCGGCUGGGUGAAUCUCGAGGGAGUGAAGUUGCCAGGACAUGUAGUGCGUCGAUUGUGGACGAGGGUCAUACUUCCCAGAGCUGAGCAGAGUACUGAGUCCUCGAGUGAUACUUGGGUAGACCACCCUUACGUCCCAUCACGCGACACGCAAGAUGAUGAUCAUAUACUCCGGAAAGAGCUUCCAAGUCUCAUCCCCUGGUUGUCGCUCGACUCUCUUCUCCCCAUCGUCCAGCUUGUGGAAUCCCACCUACCGCAGCUCGCCGCCCUCCGUGAGACCGCGAACGAGGAAUACGAGCUGGACGUCGACGCUUGGCCGGAGGAACUGGUGCGUAGGGUGUGGGAUCUGGUAGAGCCGGUGGUGAGGGAGAGGUUGAGAGGGGAGUAUGCGGCGUUGUUGUUUGCUGAACUAGAGGCGGAGGGUUCUACAUCAUCUAUCAAGAUUCAUAACUACACAGAGCCUGGAAGCCCCCAAGCAGGUCAAGCAGGUCAAGGACAGAUCACCUUCGACUGUUAUGAGCACUACGACAUCUCUUUCUCUCUGGACAAAGAUAUUAUCCCCACACGCCAUAUCCACAAUGUCUUCCCCGCGCAUUAUGACCUCUACUUAGACGACAACGGGUGUGCGCACACCGGAGGGCUUGGUGCAUGGAUGGAGGUCAAUUGGAUACUUUUAUAGAAGGGCUCGGCGUCAUCAGUUCCAACCGGCAUCCGGCCGAAUAUCAAAAUCGUCUUUAAGCUCAACUCGGGAACGAACUGUAAGCUACGGGAAAUGCCGAAAUCCUUUAUUCAGCCGCAUUCGUCAUAGGCGGAGAGGUCUGUACAACAAGGAGGACACUGUUGUCGAGCGUGUGUGCGUCCACUAGAGAAAUCGCGUGUCUGGACGGACAAGGGGCAAUUGGAUACAUUUGGAAAGGAGUGGCUCGAAAUCAUUAUCAGUUCUCGGAUUCAAAGCAUUCAACUCUUCCUCUCAGUAUUAGAUGUUUUCAUCAACAAGGGAUGUUUAAUCCGAUACGUAACGGGCUCGACUUAACGGGGUUUCCUCCCACUAGGCUACCUCAUUCCCCUGCCUGGCUUCCGGUCUCUUGCUUCGC